CUUUUUCGCCGCCGUCUUUUGCCAGCUUUUCUUCAUUAUUUUUCGGGGGUACGACAGCAACACCGCUGAGGCUGCCAGUGUAUAAAUGGUAGCGCGCCAGCCGUAUCGCAUUUCAGUCUACGUUGGACUUUGGCGCGGUUAGCACACGCAGCGUAUACAUAACGCAAUCACAUUCAAGGGUUAAACAGUCGGCACCGCCACUUGGCAAUGCCCAUGCGAAUGUGAAUGUGAAUGUGAAUGCGAAUGUAAAUGUGUGCGAGUGCGAGUGCGACUACGAGUGUUUGCAGUUCUGAUCGUUUGCCGCGUUGUCGCUCUUCGAAUUUUGCGCGAGAGUGCGAAGAGAGUGAGUAGCGACUAUUCACAAUAAAAGUAUUUUGAAUUCGUGCGCAACACUUCAAAAUAUAACGGUAUUUCGAAUUGAACAACUUACAAUUGAAAGCGAAUAAAUAAAAAUGCAAGUUCGUUAAAUACAAUAUUGAAUUCGAAAAUUGCAAUAAACAAUUAAGUUAUAUAUGUGAAGAGCUAACUUCUACGUGAUUUUUGGCAACAUAAAUAAAAGGACAAAGGACACACACGCACCCCUCUCGAGCUGAAAGGGAUUUGCUAGAAGAAAAGAAAAAAAGAAACGCAAGGCAAAGCACAAGAAAAUCAAUAAUAGACACAUGUAAGAGGAUAUCCUCGCCAUUGACCACACAGCGAAGGCGACGCAAUAUGGCCUCCACAACAACAACAACAACAACAAGAACAACAAUAAACGGGACGGGGCAGUCAACUUUGCCAUUGUUAUUAUUGUUGCUGCACGAAAGUGGCCACUAGAUUGCAUCCCUUCCGCAAGCAUGUCAGACAGAUACGCCGCCAGCUACUACGAGCAGCUGCAUCCGGCUCAAGCGCAGGCGCAGGCUCAGGCUCAGGCGCAGGCAGCCAUGUCGCACUAUGCGCCGCCCGGCUAUCGCGGUGGCUAUGGCGGCGCCUAUAAUCCCUAUGGCUAUGGAUAUGCCAGUGCCGGCGCUGGCUCCUAUAUGCCCAGCUAUUAUCGGUAUGCGCCGUAUGCCUCGCCGCAUUAUAGUCAGCCGCCGUCGCAUCAUCAGCAUGCGGGCAUGUUCACGGCCGCUGGCCAGCAGCUGAUACCCUCCAGUGUGCUACAUUAUCCGCCACGCCCACAUCCGCACAUGCAACACGCCUAUCAGCCACAGCAGCCGAGCAGCAGCGGUGGCUAUGAGCAGCCCGCGCCUGCGCUCUACAGUGCUUCCGGCUAUGGACAGGCACGUGGCUUUGCCGCCUAUCAGCCAGCCACGCCCACACACUAUGCACCGCCCGGACGCUCCACAACGCCGGCGCCCAAUCGCACAGUGCUGCCACCCAAUUAUCUGGAACCCUUGCGCAGCUAUACGGAGCAGCAUCAGCAUCAGCAGCAGCAGCAGCAGCAACAGCAACAGCAACUGGCGGCGGCAGCACAGCCAAAGCUGGAGGAGACGCUGCCGGAGCAGCAGAUCAAGCUGGAGCACGAAGCGGAGGCCACAUCGCCGCCACAGCGGCUGACCACAUCGCCGCCAAUGAUCAGUGCCACCGGCACGGACAGCGGCAUCAGCAAUUGCAGCACGCGCGCACGCAGCGACAGCAGCCAGAGCACGCCCGUCUACAGUGGCGAGUAUCCCGUGAAUAUGUCUGUGGAGUCGGCGUCCUGUGUCUCCUAUCACUGUUCCGCCGAUGGCAGAGACUACGAGGAGGAGCAACAACAGCAACAACAGCAGCAGCAACAACAGCAACAGCAGCAGCAGCAACAGCAGGAGGAGCACAAGGCAACGGCUGAUGCCACGCCCCCCAUAAUGCCCGAUGACAUAAGCGCGACAGCAGCGACGUCGACGUCGUCGUCGCCGCCAACAGCAACGCCUAUUGUGAAUGAUAUUGAUAAGGCGGCGAGCGACGAGCAGCCGGAAGUUGUGAGGCGUACGGAAAUCAAUUUGACGAAGCCCAACAAGCAGGCGUCAACAACGCCACAGGAUAUUGUCGAGCAGCAGCCAGCAACUAAUCAAAUCAACGAGGAUGCAGCUGGGCAACACCAACACCAACACCAACAGCAGCAGCAGCAGCGGGCAGCAACAGCAGCAGCAGCAACAACUCACAGCUGGAGUCCAACGUUGCGUCGGCCGCGCACUCCGCCCGCGCCCCAGAACUCGCCUGUGGGCUAUGGACUCUCAGCAAGCACUGUGCCACCUGCGCUGGCGCCACUGCUGCAGCAGCAGCAGCAGCCACAACCACAACAACAACAACAACAACAACAACAACACAACAACAACAACCAGAACAACAACAACAAUCGCAUCAUCGAAUGCGAUCUCAUACCGAGCAAGAAAUCAAAACGCAAAGCGAGCAAAAGGGAAACGGAAACGGAGAAUGUGGAAGCAACCGAAUCCACGGUGCGGGAGCAAAUAAGGGACAUCAAGCCUUUGCCUGGCUUUCAGCAGGCGUUUGGCUCCACCGAAAUAGGCCGCUUCUCCGAGCGGUUUCUGCAAACGCCCGAGAGUCUCGUCGAGCGGCUGGCCGAGGAAUAUGCCACAAACGCCAGCGGCAGCGGCGGCCAUGGCUACUAUGAUGCCACAAACGCGGCGGGUGGCAUGCAACACUAUUGGCCGUACGAGGAGCAGCAUGGCUAUGGCUACCCAAGCCAGCUGCAGAUGUCGCGUGGUCGUAUGCGUGUCCAGCUGUAUCCGUAUCCGGACUACGCGGCGUAUGAGCGUUACGGCUAUGCGGCCUACAGUGCGAGCAGAACGCGCUACGGCGAAAUACGCUGCAAUGGCUACUAGUCACACACACACACACACACACACAUGCAUAGUUAUAUAGUCGUUAGAUAUAUGUAUAUGUAGUUGUGUCCUAGUCGUUUGUCAUUUAAAAUUCUCUCUGUGUGUGCCUUUUUCGGUCAAAAUUCGGCAAUGCCCGCCACAGAUGUAGAGUAUUUAUUGCGGGCAUUGCUGGCGUUGAUUGCGUGCAAAAAUUCAUUUUAAAAACAAAAAAAAAAAAACCCAAAACAGGCCAAAUUGUAAAAUAUACCUUAACGUAAGUAGUUGAAUGUCUUAGAACGAACAAAUGUGCGCGCCUGUUGACAACUUUGUCCCACUGUACAUACACCGUAGAGCAAUGCAUUUCGUUGAUACUCUUCCUUCGCUGUACUUCUAUUCGUGUGUUAGGGUAUUCAAAAAGUUCUUAAGUAGUCGGUUUUUUCUAGCCACGUCUAGCCUAGGCCCAAGUUAUAAUUAGUAAAAGAUGUGCCAUUGAAAAGGAUAACUUUAAUGCGAGUACACUUUUUAUAAGAUAUUUACGUUUUAGUUAAUUAUAUACAAGAAAUUAGAACAUUACUAAUGGUAAUUUUAGAUCGAUCGGCAUACCAAAGCAUAGCACUAGAAAAUAACCAACGCGCACCUUUUUUUUUUUUGUACUUGUCCAAAUUCUAAUUUUCUAACAAUUAAUGCAAUUAUUGAUUUUCGAGUUCAUUUCGAUUUAAGUGCCUUAAUUUAGUUUCACAAAAAAAAUAUAUAUAUAUGAAGCAAAAUACUAUAUUGAGAUUUGUAAAAAUUCCAUCAGUUUUAUGUAUAACAACCAGUUCAGGUUUCAAAAGGGCCCAAAAAAAAAAAUAAAACAAAAAUAAAAAAGCACAACCAAAACUCCAAGAAACACACAUCGAUGAAACAUUCAAAAAUGUUUUUUAGUCAAAGCAUAGAAAAGCCAUUGCAAACAAAAAAAAAAAAAAUACAAUUAGUUGUUAAUUAAACAAAUUAAAUUAAUCACAAGCAAAGAAAAGAAAAAAAAACUACUUCGUAGUGUUGACAUUUUAUCGAUCAAAUAUUUUCAAAGUUAAAGAAACAAAACGAAACGAAAAGUAAAUAAAAUUAUAUAUAUAUAUACAUGUAGCUAAAAUUAAGUUCUUGUGUACAUAAAAACCAUAUUUGAACGUUUAAAUUUUAUGGAGCAACAAAA